GGGCACGGCGCGUUAGUUAGGCUCUGUGUGUGGUAAGAGAAGACGACAGGUCAGACAGACACAGGGUGUUUGCUGAAGUUGAGCUCAAGCAUUCAUUGAUCUCACAAAACAUUCAUUGAUCUCACAACACGUCCGACGUAUCGUCGUACCGCACAAACACUUCACGUAGGCCACCACGUCAGUUGCAUCGUCAGUGACACACAGUGCACAAACACGAAGUUAGCUUUUACCAAAAACGAGUUGGUCCAUCUUCCGACAAAACGAUAUGGUACAGCCGAGUGAAAAACGGGCCAAUACGUGUAAAGGUAUUCAGGCCACCACGUCGGCUGCAUCGUCAGAGACACAGAGAGCACAAACAAACAUGAAGUCGGCUUUUGCAAAAAACGACUUGCCAAUGGUCCAUCUUGCGACAAAACGGUAUGGUACAGCCGGGUCAAAAAAGGUACUCACGCGCUCGUGGCACCGCCGCCAUGAACAUGCCAUACCUCGAUUUCCUUGGCCGUCAAAUGCCAGUCCGCCGCCAGUGUGCCGUUGCCAUUGGAGUUGAAUUGGCCGAGGUAGCCGUCGGGCAGGUCGUCCCUCGCCACCCACUGAUGCAUGCUGCGCACGUCAUCUGCCGGGCCCGGGCUGGCCCAGGCCAACCACAGAUACCCACGGCCAAUGCUCAUCUGCACGCAGACAUGUGACAAUCAGUCAGUUGGUUCAGUGCCAUUCACUGCACUGACACCAAGUGCGUAUACCUCCACCGACCUUGCCGCGGUAGUCCAUAUUGUUGGCAUUGAGGGAGGCGUGGCGGCCGGCGACCUCGACCACCUGUUGAGCCUCGGGGAUGGGUAUCUUGGUGAUCUUGGGGUAUGCACCGCUGAUGGAAAUGAGGAACUGCUGCACCUUGUAGUUGCCGCUGGUCUGGUCUGUGUCGGCGGGCGGCUUGAGUUGGCCGUCGACGAAGGCGCCGAAUCGGUGUGUGUCGUUGUGGUUGAUGAGGAACAUCAGACCGCUGGCGUCGCCCACCUUGUCGAGCAGCGUGUCCCAGUCGCCACCGUCUCGGCUAGACCUGACAAACCAGCGAGAAGCCGCUUCCAUUCGACGCCAUGGAGCGUUCGUGAGUGCCCUGCUCACUUGUACAAGAGCGACACGCUGCUUUGUUGCUUUUCUGUGAGGUCCAGCACACUGCCCCACUCUUCUCCCGACUUGACGAUGAAAUCGCCGCCAGGUGGCAGAUGGCAGAUCGGUGCGUAGGCGAUGCCAUACAUCUCCAUGUCCUCGAUGCACAGCCGUCGCUCGCUGUCGUCGAGCAGUGGGGGGUGGAUGAGUUGUCCCUUGGGCAUGGUGGCGAUGCGCCUGGCAAACUCCACUGUGGUAAUGAAAUGCUUGGCGGGGGUCUGUCGGAUGUGUCGGUCCGGCCAGUUCGGCGGGGUGCUGCCGACACAAAUGCACAGAGGAAUCCAUAGCUCGUAAUCGCUUCUGUGGCCCCUCCUUACUCGGAGAAUCGCGUGAGCAGCGGAUGGUUGGCGCCCAGUCGACACAGCGUGCUCUUCAUGAUCACCACCUGCCGGCCGAGGAUGGUCACACUCAGCAGGGCAUUGUCGCCAUCGUCUGGUGUCUUCAUGAAGUGCUCCAUGGCCGCCAGGAAUGCCUUGAUGUCCUCUUUGAGCCGCCACAGUGUCUUGAGAGGCUUUGAAAGGGCACGCAUCCACCGCUCAGCAGCGUCGAUGUACUGCUGGGUGGCCUCGUCCAGAGCCGCAGCUGAAUCCCAUGGCUGGUCGUCUCCAGUGUUGGCCAUUACGGCAUCGGGCCUUUUCUGCUGCUGGUAUUCUGAUGGGGAGAAGACCCCGACCUCGCGCAUGAAGAGGGAGUCGUACUCGGCGCAUGCGGGGUCGGCUGCCUUGGAUGUGUGGAGGGUCACCGUGUUCGCACGGCCGGUCUCGUAGAGGGUCAGCGCGUCCAGGAAGGCGUCGAAGUAGGCACUGGACACCUCCAGAUAGACGUGGCCGCUGGAGUCUCUGGGCAGGCCGUCAGCGAAAUGCAUGAGCAGUACCGAGAUGUACCGCUUGCGCAUGAGAGGCAUCAGCAGGCCUCGGCGGCUCACCGGAAAGACCACCCCGCCUGCAUUGCACACACGACAACAGGACACAUCGGUGCACACAUCAACGCACGACUGAGGUCGUCUUGCGUGUGUUGACCUACCUGCGUUGACGAGCACCUCGCCUGUGGUCUCGGGAGGCUGCCACACGCCGCCCUUGGCUGCCACUGAAGCCAUGAUGUCCUCUGCCAGCUGCUUGGCGCCAUCUCUGGCCCUGGUCUCUUGCUCACGAAGCGCGUCGAGUGAUGCGUCGCAGUCGCUGAUGAGUCGCGCGACAGAUGGGCAGUCUGAAAGCGACGCUGGCAUCGUCAUUGUCACCACAGAAGCACAGAUCUGCAGAAAUUCGCAGGAAGAACUGC